AUGUCGGACGCGCCAAUCUUCUUCAAGAAGACCAAAAGCAAGACCGUAAAGUCACGUGAAGCCAGAGAAGAUGAUGAGGAGGUCACAACAGAAACAAAGACCGUAGUGUCUAACUUCAAGAACCGAAAUAAAGGCCGUUCCAAACCACAGCAAAGACUCUCAUUUAAUACGAAUGAUGAGGAGGAAGGGGAUGGUAACAAUGAUGCUAUUCAAGUGAAGAGAUCUGCGUUAGGCAAAAAGCAGAAGUUUGGUAUUGGAGCAGCCCCUAAUUCAAGUCCAGGUUCCCUUCUUUCCUCACGGCUGGAACAAACUUCUAUCACUUCACGUUCAGAAGGACCAAGAUAUGACGCAAGCUAUUUAGAAGAGUUGAAAGCCAGUACAAAUAGUGCGCGACCACCGGCUCUACGACCUGGUGUGGAUGGGGCAGAGCCAAAUGGAAUGGUAAUCGACAAUGACCUCACAUUUGAUGCGAGUGAAAUGGAGGGUGCAAUCAUUGAAGAAGUCGUGGAUAUGCCGUUGGUCUCUCAAAAUCCUGCAGCGGAUACUAUGAUUCAUUCAGAGUCUUACGUCAAGUCUGCACGCGAAAAGAGGGAACGUUUACGGAAAACUGGCAUCAAUGAUAGCGAAGCCGACUAUAUAUCUCUGACAGUGGCGAGAAAGGAAGAGUUUGACUCUGGUCCACAUCCCGAGAGUAGACUCAUGAGAGAAGACGACGAUCUGGGUGAAGGAGACGAUGAUGAUGCAGCCUAUACCGGUGCACAAGAGCGAAUAGCUCUGAGCAAGAAAGGCCGCAAGGAGCAAGAGAAACAACGGAAAAAGGGGAUGGAAGAGCUAAUAGAAGAAGCGGACGAGCAGGACGAAGAAACGAUGGAAUGGGAGAUGGCCCAAGUAAAAAGGGCUGUGCCUACGGAAGCCAAUGAAGUUAAUAAUCAAAAAUCUCAACCACUAACAUACAAGCCUACCGCAA